AUGAAGUUCUUAGUAGUUCUUGCUGUUUUGGUGGCUUGCGCCCAAGCUGGCACUGUUUCCGAUAUCGCUCAAAAGCUUAUUCCAAGUUUUAACAACAAUUUUGUCAUCAAGGGCCAUGAUGCUGUACCUCAUACCGCCCCCUAUAUUGUUUCGUUGAGAAAAACUGCCAACCAUUCUCAUAGUUGCGGUGGUACCAUCAUUGCCAAGGACUGGAUAUUGACUGCUGCUCACUGCAUUAGUAAUCCCAUUGGCAUGGCUGUUGUAGCCGGUUUACACGAACGCACCAUCCUUGAUGAGAAGUCUCAAUCCCGUGUAGUCGAUUGGGGAAAAGUACAUGAACAAUACACUGGUGGUGUGGGUCCUUACGAUAUUGCUAUUCUGCAUCUUUCCGAACCUUUGCAAUACAACCAAUAUGUUCAACCCGCCUCAUUGCCUGCCAUUGAAGAAAUCCACUCUGGUGAAGUCCAUUUAUAUGGUUGGGGACAACCUAAAGCUUACAUUUUAACUGGCGCCAAAAUUUUGCAAACUGUUGAAACGGAAAUCCUUGAAUUUAAUGCCUGUAAAGCGGCUUUAUCUGAAGAUGCUCCCAUUGAUGAAACCAAUAUUUGCUCUCAUACUUUGAAAACAAGUAUUUCAGCUUGCAAUGGUGAUUCUGGUGGCCCCUUGGUCAUUGAACAUGAAGGUGCUCCCUCUGAAUUGGUGGGUAUUGUUUCCUGGGGCUACAUUCCCUGUGGUUUGGCUAAAUUACCCUCCAUCUAUACACGAGUUUCUGCCUAUAUUGACUGGGUUGCUAAAAUCCAAAAUGCCUACUAUGUUUUGUACUAA